GGCUUCUUGUUUUGCAUAGCUUAUGUUUCUGAAAGAUCUAUGCAUGGCUUUCCAGUUAUGUGUUCUCAUUUUUCUCUUACCUACUUCAGCAGCAUUUUAAUCAAAUCUUAUUUCUGCCAUGGAAGAUAGCCAAGGGAGUCUAACUAGGCAAGAAAAUGGUGACAAGCAAGUGGGAGAUGAAAGUUCAGAAGAAUGUAAAAAUCCAAGAAGGAUUAUUUAUUUUGCAAACGGUGAAUCUAUGGAGGAGUACACUACUGAGGAAGAAGAUGCAGAAGAGAACAACCAUGAACCCCUUCUUGACACUGCCACCCUCUCCUGGGGUAGUUAUCUGAAACUCUGGGUACUUCGAAUUGCAGCAACAUCUUUUUUUACUUGUGAAUUCCUUGGUGGAAAGCUAGCCACGUUCCUUGGACUCACUGAACCCAAGUAUCAGUACGCAAUAGACGAAUACUACAGGACACAGAAAACGGAAAGUGAAAGUGAUGAAGAUGGUGAAGAGAUGCCAGAGAUGGAGGUGGUGACUGCUACAAAUGAAAAGCAGCACCUAGAGCCACAGAGCCUAAGAUAUGGGUCCAUUAAUUGCAAAGAGAUGUCUGUAUUUUCUCAGGAAACUACUGUUACAAAUGUAAAUGAGCUUGGAGAUGGCAAUCUGACAGGUCUAAAAUGAGUCUUUCAUCUGUGCCUUAGCUCUUAUGAGGAAGGGAAAGGUGUCAGUUGGGUAAUUAAACAAAACA